GAGGGAGUAUUAUGGGCUGUGGGAGCUGCCGCGGCUGCUGCUGAGCAAGAUGGAGCUGUCUGCAGUGGGGGAGCGCGUCUUCGCGGCCGAGUCCAUCAUCAAGCGGCGGAUCCGCAAGGGACGCAUCGAGUACCUGGUGAAAUGGAAAGGCUGGGCCAUCAAGUACAGCACUUGGGAACCUGAAGAGAACAUCCUGGACUCCCGGCUCAUUGCAGCUUUUGAGCAAAAGGAACGGGAGCGGGAGCUGUAUGGGCCUAAGAAGAGAGGACCCAAGCCUAAAACUUUCCUCCUGAAGGCUCGGGCCCAAGCGGAGGCCCUCCACAUUGGGGAUGUGCACUUCUCUGUCAAGCCUGGCUCCAGCACCUCGUCACCCAAGCUCCACUCUAGUGCCGCGGUGCACCGGCUCAAGAAGGACAUCCGGAGAUGCCACCGCAUGUCCCGCCGCCCCCUGCCCCGCCCGGACCCCCAAAACAGUGGGAGUAUGGGCGGGGCAACCGGCAUCCGUCCUCCAGUCUCGCCUUUCUCGGAGACCGUCCGCAUCAUCAACCGCAAGGUGAAGCCUCGUGAGCCCAAGCGCAGCCGCAUCAUCCUCAAUCUAAAGGUCAUUGAUAAGGGGGGGAAGACCACCAAUGGGUCAGGGGCGCUGGCUCGGCCAAAGAUCCCCUCCCGAAACCGUGUCAUCGGCAAGAGUAAGAAGUUCAGUGAGAGCGUCCUCCGCUCCCAGAUCCGCCACAUGAAGUUCGGCACUUUCUCUCUGUAUAACAAGCCGUCUGCCACACCAGCCUCAUCACUGGAGGGGAAGACGGAAGCAGAGGGUUCCCAAGCAGCCUCCUGUGGGCUGAUCAUGGGCUCCACCCCUUAUGAUGCCCGCAGCUCCAGCUCCUCUGGCUGUCCCUCACCCACCCCACACUCCUCAUCUGACCCAGAUGAUUCUCCCCCAAAGCUGCUUCCCGAGACCCUCAGCCCUGCCAUCCCUGACUGGCGAGAGUCAGAAGUGCUCGACCUCUCCAUCCCGCCUGAGUCAGCAGCAACCAGCAAGCGGUCACCCCAGGGGGGAUGUGGCGGGGGCCAGACACCACCAUCAUCAUCCCUCUCCUCCUCCGACCCAGAGCAAGAGGCAGGCGACUGGCGCCCCGAGAUGUCCCCAUGCUCUAAUGUGGUGGUCACGGAUGUCACCAGCAACCUCCUGACGGUCACCAUCAAGGAGUUCUGCAAUGCGGAGGAUUUCGAGAAGGUGGCAGCGGGUGGAGGAGGUGGCGGCAGCAGCAGCAAGUGAGCAGCUGGAUCCCUGUGCCGGGGUGGGGGGAGGCUCUGCUGCGAGAAGUCAUGGUGUGAAUGGCUUGUGGUUAGUUUUCUUCUUCUCCCCCCUUCCCUCUCCCUUUUUGUUUUUUUUGUUUUGUUUUGUUUUGUUUUGUUUUUUUUGUGGGUUUUUUUCUUUUUCCUUCCUGCUUGGAGACUGGGGUGGGAUGGGGGUGAGGGAGGCUAGAAAUCUGAGGUUCCCAGAUGUCACCGCUGUGAGCGGGUGGGGUGGGAAGCUAUUGAUCCUCAAGGAACAUGUCAAAUUGGUGUGGAGCCUGGGGGGUGGGGAGAAUGUGUGUGUGUAUGUGUGUUUGGGGCAGGGAAGGAUCUCCCCACCACCCUACCUGAAGGUGCUGGUGAGCUUUUGCUCUUGGUAGAGAGGGCAAGGGGUGUCGAAAAGGGAGCCCAUGACAAGUACAUGGUCCCUUCUGGUUCUUCUCCUUGUUUUCUCCUGAGGCAGCUCCUAAUCUUGUCCCCUUUCUGUGGUAUGGAUUGGCUCUCUCCUGCCAUCUGGCCAAUGAUACCUGACAUCAUCAGAAAGACAGACAGGAGAUCAGACCAUAAAGCAUUGUGGCCAGAACCCAAUUGCAGCACAGCCCACAUAUGGGUGUCUGCUCUUGCAGUUCAUGACCCAGGCUCACUUCCUUCUUGCUCUUAUGAUUGGUGCUAACUUGGCAGUUGUACGGGCAUUUUGAGACCACCUGGGCCCUUACUCCUUCCUUUCUUCUGCUUCUUCCCUCCUGGAUCUUCCAAUAUGUUCAGCCUCUUUGGGACUGUUGCUUCCAUUCUGGAUCUUCCUCCUAGUGUUCAUCACUUGCACUUGCUUGGGUACAGGGCAUAAAGUAGCCUUCCUAAGCUUUUCUGUGGUGGAAGUGGGAGAACUGCACAUCCGUCCUUCAGUCCAGGGGGAGAAAUGUACUUGGAGUGAUGGUGCCCCAGCAGGGUGUGGCCAACAGGUCAUCUUGCACAGAGCUCCACCAAAUCAUUUUACUAUCCUUGCCCUGCUGGUGGCAGGAAGGUGGUCUCCUCAGUUUGAUCUGUUCAGUUGGUGCACUGGAGUGGAUUCACCUCUGCCUUUCCAAGGUCUGAAAUUGCCUCUACAAUUGUCAACCAAAGGUGCUAAGAACCUGUUGUAAGACUUACUGGGUCUCUUACACAUGUGCACGAGUGUGUGUGCAUGCAUAUGCUUCUCCCAACUCCCUAGUUUCUUACUGAACAUGAUUAAAAAAAAAAUAAAUCUGAAAUCACCCCCACCCCUUGCACCUGGGAGCAGGUGAGUGCAGCUUCCAUCAUUCCCCUUCCCCUCUGUGCUGUUAAUUUCCAAGCCACAAAAGCACUCUACUCUGCUGUUUGUGAACGAGCUUGGUGGUAAGAUGCCCUUCUCUUGUUUUUUCCGCUGGUGUGGUGCUGAAUCUGAGGAAAGCGGAGACAAGGGGAAGAGAGGCUGAUACAGUCCAUCUUCGUUUGUGUCCUUGCAUCUGCCUUGAUACCAUUUUUGUGAGUGGGAGGGUAUUGGGCCCUCUCAUCAUAGGACCCAUACAUUUAUCUUACCUUUUAUAUGCAUGUGGAGUGGGUGGGAAUGUGGGAAAGGAACUCUGUCCAGAUGGCUCAUCAUCACCCAAAGAGCAGAUUGAACUGGGUGGAGUUCACACUUCUUGCAGGUGGCCACCAGAAUUCAGGUUCUAAUCUGAAAUAAGUGUCCACAGGGAUUUGCGUCAAAACUACAAGAAGUGCAAAUUAAAACCAGUUUAAUUCAAGCUGCAUGUCAGCCAUCUGAGAGAUGCUUCCAGGUGCUGUUAUUCUCACCCUGUGUGCACAUUAUUAUUAUUAUUUUUUUAACACACAAUAUUUAGCAGCUAUGUUUGCAGGGGAGUGGGGAGAAGGAGUUUUUUUUCCCCCCCAUUCAUUCACCAAUUCAAGGCUUCCUGUAAUGUGUGUGUAUGCGUAUGUAUGUGUGUAUUAAUAUCUGCCUGUUGUCUUUGUGGGUUUUGAGUUUUUUGCAUCUUUCUUUCACCUUGCGCACCCAGGAUUCUCUUAUUUCUUGACAGCUUAUUCUUAUGGCUGCAGCUUCGAGGACAGGUGGCUUGGGACAGGGGAAGAAUAUCUAUAUUAGGGGAAAUAGCAAGGAGACCUGUAUUAAGGAAAAGUUUUUUAGAAAAUAAUUAUUUUAUGAGGCUGCAAGAUAAGAGGAACUAUUUUAUGGGGUAGAUGCAUACUGGCCAGUCACUUUUUUUUUUUUUUUAGUCGUUUGGUUACUGUUUGGCGUGUAUGUGGUGGUGUUCCUGUUUUGUGGUAAUGAAGUUCAGAAAUGUUCAAAAAAGUUUGUGGGAGAUAAAAAGGGAACUUGUAAUAGGAAACUCUUGACGUGUUUUAGCCAAGAAUUGUUUACUUGGCCAAAUUCUUUUUUUCCCCCCCCCGCCCCUGGUGUCUGUUGUUCGGUGUUCUUGGAUAGUUUCCAAACUGAAGGGUUUUCGCCUUCCUCUGGAGUGAUGAAUAACAGGAUCGUCCAUUAGGAGCUGCAGAUGGGUCUGUUGUAGGGAACCUCUAUGAGGACCGGACAGUUGGUGACCCUUCUCUGCAGUUGGGAGGUGAGGGGGCUACUGGGCUUUGGAGGAACUUGCAUCCUAGAUCAACUUUGUAUUGGAAAGAAGUAUGAUCCAGUCAGCAGAAGUAGCUAGACCACUUUUGGGUGAUGUCCCUACCUUGAGUGGGUUAUCUGCAGGGACUGAACCUCUGGAUCUAAAAGCAUGAGCCUCUCUACUGCUUGAAUUAAGGACCAUCUCUGAGUGCAGUAAGACCCUCAAGCUUUGUGUGGUCCAGUUACCAGAGACUGAUGAAGAUUUAUGCUGGUAUAAAAGUGGCUUUAUACUCACCUUUUAUGAAUUUUUCUCCCUACUCUUAACGGGAGAUAGAAAGGAAGGUCCCACCCAUGCCCUUUAGAAAGGGCAUGAGGUCAGACGAGGGGUUUAUUCAAAAGCAUCCCCCCUCCCCCCUAAAAAAAAACAAAAUAAACAGGGAAGCAUUCUCUGUGUCUGUGCCAUGUAUGUUCUCUUGUUGUGUUUUUAGAGGAGAUUUUAUGAUGGAGUGGAAAAAGUGAAAUGACUAGUUUUGCAAAAAAGAGAAAAGUUAAAAAAAAAAAGACAUUUCUACAGGGAGAGAGAGAGUUUUAAAAUGAAUAAUAAAUGCAGUGAUUGCACAAACUGUAGUGGUAUUGGAUGGUCCUUAGAGAAGAGAGUAUUUUGUAGUAUUAAAGUGUUUGUGUGUCUGGGAUGGUCUUUGGCUCACUUAAACUGGAGAAGGAUGUUAAGGGUAAGCAGCAAUUUCUGAUCUGAAGAGGCAAGUCACAUUUUGGAGGAACCCUGGAUAUUUACCCUUCUCUUCGCCACUUCCCCAAACCUUGGAGUGACCUCCAUCCAGCAACCUUACCAGACCUAAGCCCCCUCCCCUAUCCACUCCUCUCCACAGAUAAGAUGGAGACUUUGAACUGUUGCCCCAUCCCUUCCUGGGUGCAAGGGUGCCAAAGUUGUAGCCGAAGUGGUAAAUCCUAUUCUGGCAGAGUCCAGGAGAGGCUGAUGGCAUGGAAACGGUCUGUUGACUUCCUCUGCCUGCAGGUUGUGCCACUGAGACGUUCAGGCCAGCUUGCACUUUCCUUGCCAAAUAACCACCCCAAGCAGGAGUAGAAUAAAGGCAGCACAACUCCCCUCCUAGUCUCUUGGUCCCUGCCACCUAUCCAUAAGGCAAUGGCAUUUUACAUAUGGAAGGUUGGAGGUUUAAGACCCGGCUAGACAAAGCCUUGGCUGGGAUGAUCUAGUUGGGGCUUGUCCUCCUUUGAGCAGGGGGUUGGAUUAGAUGACCUCCUGAGGUCCCUUCCAGCCCUCAUUUUCUAUGAUUCUAAGUUGUCACCCCAGCAUUGAAAGAGCACAGUCCCAUCUGAGUUGGUGUCCCAUCUCUGGCAGUGGCCAAUGCCAGAUCUUCAGAGGAAAGCGAAAACCCCUGUGUGUACUUGAAGUUUCAGACAGCUGGGGAGUGCCCUUUCCUUGGGAGUGCUGGGGUUCACAGGGUGUGGGGGGACAAUGGGUGACAUGGGGUGGGGGGUUGCCAGGAGCAGGGCUGUAUUCUGUUGGUGGGGUGCUGCUUCACUGUCUCUUGAAGUGAAAGAGGCUGCUGUUGCCAUCGCGCCUCAUGUCUGCGCUGUGUGGCGGUCACCGGAUCUGUUGGGGUGACCGUAAGAAAGAAGACAACCAAACAUUGGCCUCUGAAUGUAACAAAAGUGAGUGGACGGAGGUCACCUGGCAAAAUGUUUUGUUUUGUUUUUUCCCUUGUCAGGGUCUCUCCUGUGCAUUCUGGGUAAAAACCAACCAUCGAAACAAAACUACUUCCCUUGUCUGGCUGGUCUUGGGAGCUCACUUUCUCCUCUUCUCCCUGCCCCCUGAGCUCUGCUAGUGCUCUUCCCUCAUGACCUGCAGCUUUCAUACUGAACAAACAUAUGUGCCAGGGGUGGGUAAAUGCAGCCCACCAGGCCAUUCUAUCCAGCCUGCGGGGCCCCUAAAAAAUUUUAGAAAAUUAAUAUUUAUCUGUCCCUGGCUGCCUGCCAUGCAGCCAUUGAUGGCUUGCCAAAACUCAGUAAGCAGCCCUCUGCCCAAAAUAAUUGCCCACUCCUGGUAUAUGCCAAUCUCCUACCUUUGCACAGCACUCCACUCUAGACUGAUUGGAGUUGGGAUAGUUCCAUGAAGCUGACAAGGAUGCAAUGCCUUUUCCAGGGGUGGGAGGGUAUACGUAGGCACUAUGGACUCUGGAAGGUGGUCCUGGUUUCUAAUCCUGGGUGAACCACUGAUUCUCUUUGUAUUUUCAGGGGUGAGGGGAGUUUCUUUGUCUACCAGUACUUGAGUUUCACGUGUACCACCACCCCUUACCUCCCCCAAGCUGAGGGGGAAGGUCAGACCCUCCCUCUGUUAUCAAAUAGGUGCUGAGCUGAGUCUUCCUGGGGAAUAAAAUCCCCUUCCUGGCCCCUGCUUUUAGGGGAAGUUUCAGCAGCUUUGCAAUACUUCCAACAGCUGGUUUAAUCCCCUUCCCAGGUGCCUAUCCUUCUGGGAAUGGAGAGGCACCCUAAAGAACACACUGAGGUGUAGCGCUGGUCGAGGGCAUGGAAGCAUUUUUUCCCUCACUCCUGCCUUUCUGGCCACCUCGGUAACUGUGGCAUUGGUGGUGGGGAAAGGGGGGGUAAUGAAACCACUGGGGGAGACCCUUCUUCCCAAGUGGUGUGAAAUUCUAGUUGUGUAGAGGGGGCAUGUGCAGGGAGGUGUGACAAGUCUAAGAUGGGGGAGAGGGUUUAUGCUUGCUGGCCUGUCCGGACCCCCUCUUUCCCCUGCCCCACUUGCCUUUUAUCCCAAGGCCUUGCACUUCUUGCCUGGCGCACCCUGUACUCCAAUAUUGCUUGCUUUGCUGCAUAUUUCGAUUCUGCCCAAUAAUCGUGCAAGAGCUGGGAUCUUAUUUACUUUUUUAUAUAAAAAUAUAUAUAAAUAUUAAAGAAUCCUCCACGUAACCCGUCCCAAUCCUUGUACUGAAGGCAGCAUGGUCCAGAGGGUUGAUCUUGAGGCUGGGAACUAGGUGCUGCUGGGUUCUUUUCAUUUGAUUUGCUGUGGCCUUGUCCCAGCUGGUUCACUGCCCUGUGUCUCCAUUUCUUGUACUCUGCCAUGGGGAGAGAGCAUCCUUCUCAUUUGUACAGAGCUAUCUAGGUGCCAGAUAUUGCUUCAGAAAAGCCCCUUGUUUGACCUCAACUCAUUUUGUUGCUGCUCUGGUGUUGAACACGGCAGUGUUUGGGGCUGUCCCCCAAACAUACAUUUCGGGGGAGGGGAGAAUCUACCACCACCACUUCCACCACUGUUGCCCAGAACUGGCCUACAUCUGAUCUGUGUCUUGGCAGCUCCUACUUGCUUUCCUCCAUCUAUGGCAAAGCAGGGCUGACACAGGCUAUUGUGUUCUGGGAUUUGUAUGUUGGCUAAGAUGUGCUAUACACUUCCAGGGUCAAGAGAGCCCUUACUGGCUUUUAAAGAAGACUGGGGACUUGCUGACUUCUGCCAGCUCCUUUUAAAAUGUCUCCAUCCAGGUACAAAGUGGAGAUGCCAGUUAUCUCCAUGGUUGUAACCCUGGCAGUUCUGUCCCUCCCAUCUUCUGUGUAGCACAAGAUGAAACUCUAUGGGAUUGUGCAGAAGUGCAGAGCUGAAUCCAAGGCAAGCUUUCCACCCUAAUGGUACACAUUAUCUAUCCAGCCUUAUGAGGACAUUCUGCUCUCAUGUCAAAAGGGCUGGAGGGUGGGAAUCUGUCUGGGAAACUGCAGAGGCAGUCCCAGCAAUGGGUGGAGUGGAGCAAGGAACCCCCUGGUUAGUGCAAAAUGGGUGGGGAAAAGGAAAAACAAUGACAUGAGAAAAUCGGUAAGAAUAAUUGGAGUGGUGCCAUCUUAAAUGGUGGUAGUGGUGGAUGGCUUGAAGUAUCAAAUUUGAGGAAGGCACUGGUGGCUGCUAAACAGAUUCAGGGUUAGUCCCCUGAGGAGGCAGCACCUCAGGAGGACCUGAUUCCGCGAAGUGUGCAUGCUUAAAUCAAUUCCUCUUUGGCAAAAGCACUUAAAGUAUGUCCUAGACUUUAAGAAGUCUGUCAUUUAUAUGUCAAAACGCUUCACAGAAUCGGAGCCUUUCCAGUUGUUUUAAGAAUCAGCAUGAAAAACAUGACCACAGUCUUUGUGCUUCCUUCAGCAAGGACAGAGGAAAUAGCUGGGUCAGCAUGUAUCUGGAGUAGCCCUGAUGCUUCUGACACUAGGGGAAGGUAAGGGAGGGGUUGGCCUAUGUCCUUGUUGGAGGAAGGAGCAAUAGCUAGUCUCUAAAUUCAAGUUCUUAAACAUAAUUUUAAAAAUGUUCUGACCUCUAUAUUUUGGAGAUAAGCUACUUGAUACAUCCCUACCCUGUUUCCCUGCCCUUGAGUCCCCUCCCUUUACGGCAGAUUUUUUCAUCAGAAAUGUUUUUUUGUUGGUUUUUUACCUUCUGCAUAGAAAAUUGCAAGGUGCUGGUGGGGAAAUCAGGGUUUCCCCUGUUUGCCUUUUCCUUCCCAUCUCCUGGUGCCAGGCUUUGGCUCCGAUCCUGCAGACUUAUGCACACAGUUUCAGCAUCCAAGUACUCAUGGAUCUCUGUGGUACUUGGCUGCUUUGGGUUAAGCAUGUGCUUGUGUCCUGGCAAACCCUUUUAAAAAAUCUCGGAUUUGUGUAAUGGUGACAGUCCUAAUACAACCCAGUUGUUUUUUCCCUCACUUGGCACAGAGUGGAGGUAGUGACUUUUUUUUUAAUUUAAAAUAAGCCUAAACAUGUAUCUUGUAAUUUUUUUUAAUUUUGAAAAAUGCAUUUAAUUAAAAUCGUGCCCAGAUAAAUUGUGUGUGUGUGUAUAUAUAUACAUAUGUAUAUGUAUAUAUCUAUCUAUAUAUGUAUAUAGAUAGAUAUAUAUCUCUAUCUAUAGAUAGAUAGAGAUAUAUAUCUAUAUCUAUCUAUAUAUAUAGAUAUAUAUAUUAUUUUUUGUCUUGCAAUUUUCAUUUUUAAAUAGUGUUUGCAUUUUUUUUGUUUUUGUUUUAUUUUUAAAUCCAGUUCCCAGCUGGCUAAACUCUGUCUGGAGUGGAUGGAUGGGAAGCAUAGUCUGGGGGGGAAAGUGAUAGGAUCAUCCCUCCCAUUAGCGUUUCCAACGGAGAAUUGGUUUGCUCCGGGUCUGGGGUAGGGGGUUGUGCUAAUUACUCUUGUAUUCUUGUACAUUUUGUUCUUUCUGCUGCUUUUGAAUAUUGUAUCAAUGCCAGAAAUGGGGAAUUAAAAGAGGAAAAAAAAACCCCAAUAAAUUGUUACAUUCCAAAGUC